AUGAGUAAAUUAUAUGAUGAUAGUGAUACUGAGGAUGAUUCUAAAAAAGAAAUUUCAAAUGUUACAAAAAUGAAUAAAUUAUAUGAUGAUGAUAGUGAUAUGGAAGAUGGUAAAAAAUCAAAUAUACAACUAAUUAAUAAAGAAGAUAAUAAAGAAACAACAACACCUAAACCAGCAAUGUUUAUUCCUCAACAAAUAAGUAUGGCUAUAAAAAGGGUUGCACCACCAAAAAAAAGUCAUAUAUCUAUAAAAAAAAGUACAUCUCAAAUAUUUAAAACUGAAACACCUAAUGGAGAUUUUAUUGAAAAAAACAAAGAAAUUCGUGCAAAAGUUCAAAAGUUUAUCAAAAGUAAUAAUAUUUCAGAUGCAAUUGGUGUACCUGAGGAAAGAAUAACAUAUUUUAUGGGUAAAAAAAUUAUCAAUGAAUAUGAUCCAUAUAAUUGGAACAGAUAUGAAGAUGUUGUUAAAAUGAAAGCACAAGAAAAAUUAGCUGAACUUGAAAAAGCACAAAAAUCUGUACCUGAAGCAAAAACAACUGUUACAAUUAAAAAUGUCUCUGAAGUAAUAAGAAAUGAAGAGAUAAAUGAAGAACCAGAAGUUCCAGUUAAAUCAUCAAAAUCAAAAAUGGGUGGUGUUGAUGUUGCUCUUCGUUAUAUUCAAAGUAAAGGUCAUGUUCCUGGAACUGGAUUGGGAAAAUAUAAUCAAGGAACAACAGAAAGUAUUGAAAUUGUUAAAUCACUUGAUGGGACAACAAUUUUGAAACAAAAUUAA